CGGGACCGGAGGACCCGGCGCGUGCCCUUUGGUCGGUAGCUGCAUCAAGUGGCAGCGAUCCCCGCUUGCCUGAUGACUUGUGGGUUGGGGUCGACACCGGCGAUCGAUAAGCUGUUACGUCGCUUCUCCCUGCCCGAAGGAAGUGGCACUCUUGCAGAACAUUCUGAAAAUGUGCAUAUUUCAGGAAUGUCAACUGCUUGUGGAGAGACUCCAGAACAAGUCCAAGCACCACGUGGUAUGAUCACAAGUCCAGGCUGGCCGUCUGCAUACCCUGUCAGACUCAACUGCAGCUGGCUCAUAAAGGCAAACCCAGGGGAAAUCAUUACUAUAAGUUUUCAGGAUUUUGAUAUUCAGGGCUCCAGAAGAUGCAGUUUGGACUGGUUGACAAUAGAAACAUACAAGAACAUUGAAAGUUACAGAGCUUGCGGCUCCACAGUCCCACCUCCAUACAUCUCGUCCCAAGACCACCUCUGGAUCAGGUUCCACUCAGAUGACAGCGUCUCGAGAAAAGGCUUCAGACUGGCCUAUUUUUCAGGGAAAUCGGAGGAGCCGGACUGUGCUUGUGAUCAGUUUCACUGUGGUAACGGGAAGUGCAUCCCGGAGGCCUGGCAGUGUAAUAACAUGGACGAGUGCGGAGACAGUUCUGAUGAGGAGCUCUGUGCCAGGGAGGCGAGCCCUCCAACAGCUGCCUCCUUUCAGCCCUGUGCUUAUAACCAGUUCCAGUGUCUGUCCCGUUUCACCAAAGUCUACACCUGUCUCCCCGAGUCCUUAAAAUGCGAUGGGAACAUUGACUGCCUGGACCUCGGAGACGAGAUAGACUGUGAUGUGCCAACCUGUGGGCAGUGGUUAAAAUAUUUCUAUGGUACUUUUAAUUCUCCCAACUAUCCGGACUUCUACCCUCCCGGAAGCAACUGUACCUGGCUCAUAGACACUGGUGACCGUCGUAAAGUCAUUAUCCGCUUCACUGACUUCAAACUCGAUGGUACUGGCUACGGUGACUAUGUCAAGAUAUACGAUGGGUUAGAGGAGAAUCCACGCAGGCUUUUGCGUGUGCUGACUGCUUUUGAUUCUCACGCACCUCUCACAGUUGUGUCUUCCUCUGGACAAAUAAGGGUACAUUUUUGUGCAGAUAAAGUAAAUGCGGCCAGGGGAUUCAAUGCCACUUACCAAGUAGAUGGCUUCUGUCUGCCCUGGGAAAUACCCUGUGGGGGUAACUGGGGCUGCUACACUGAGCAGCAGCGCUGUCGCUGCGUGUUUGAGAGCUGGGUGUGCGACUCUCAGGAUGACUGCGGCGAUGGCAGCGACGAGGAGAGCUGCCCGGUGAUCGUGCCCACCAGAGUCAUCACCGCGGCCGUCAUCGGGAGCCUCAUCUGUGGCCUGCUGCUGGUCAUCGCCCUGGGGUGCACCUGCAAGCUGUACUCGCUGCGGAUGUUUGAACGGAGAUCAUUUGAGACCCAGCUGUCCAGAGUCGAAGCAGAAUUGUUGAGAAGAGAAGCUCCUCCCUCUUACGGACAGUUGAUUGCUCAGGGCUUGAUUCCACCAGUGGAAGAUUUUCCGGUUUGUUCGCCCAGUCAGGCCUCCGUCCUGGAGAACCUGCGGCUGGCCGUGCGCUCCCAGCUGGGCUUCACGUCCAUCCGGCUCCCGAUGGCGGGCAGGUCCAGCGGCCUCUGGAAUCGCAUCUUCAGCUUCGCCAGGUCGCGGCACUCGGGCUCCCUGGCCUUGGUCUCGGCCAGCGGCGACGAGGUUCCCAGCCCGGCUCAACACCUUCCUGGCUCAGACAGUGAAAAGCCGCUGGUGCCACAGCGUGUAAUCCCGCCAGGAGCGCCGAGCGCUGUGCCCAUGCACAGAUGUGUCCGUACGUCUGCACAGGCCGCCGUCACAGCGCAGAUGGCACCACAGGCGCGUCUGCACUCUUCAGGAGGAAACACGUUGUUAGCGUUGGAAGCCCCACAUCGUAACGUGGACCAUGUGGACGCACGGCCGGAGUGGGCCCUUCUGCGCCCCGGGCGGGUGGGCGGGCCGGUGUGA